AUACUUCAUACGAAAGUAUUUGUUUAACAAAUACAACAAUGCUAUAAUCAUUUUGUCAAUUGACAAAUUUGACGUUACAAAAGUCAGUUUGUUUUUUUAUAUGCCGAAAAAUUAAAGUUAAAAACUUUAUUCUAAAUUUACCGUCCGUUAAAUUUAUUGUUCAUAAACCACAAAAUCAAUGUGGGACAAAUUUCUAGAUAAGACAGCGCGUUCUCGCCACACAAUAACGACCGAAUCUAGGGGCUUUAAAAAAAAUGAUAUAUUCCCGGCCGAAUCGUUGAAUUGCUUCCGCAGAGAUGAUAGAAGGGAGGUUAUUAGGCCACCGAUUUUCAAUCGUAGAAGAAGUAGCCAGUCCCUAAGAGAUGAGGAUGCCGUUUUUGACAGAUUAGAACAGCUCCUUUUGGCUUGCCAGGAAGAAUAUUUGGAGAGAAAAAAAAGAGAACAAGCCGAGAAAGAAAACGGGGAAUCCUCAAGGGACGGUGAUGAGUCACAAAAUGUUGAUGGCGGAAGUAAGGAACAAAAUGGCCAUUCGUCUCAAAUCAAAGAUUUACCGAAUGCUGAUGAUAAAUUAGGAGAUGAAAAAUUAGGCGAAUCAUUCAAAAGCAAUGAAUUUUCUUCAAAAGAUCUUUCAGAUGCUGAUGACAAAUUACUCUCGUCUCAAGCUAAAGAUUUACCCAAUACUGAUGAUAAAUUAGGAGAUGAAAAAUUAGGCGGAUCAUUCAAAAGCAAUGAAUUCUCUUCAAAAGAUUUUUCAGAUGCUGAUGACGAGCUAGAAAUUGAAAAAUUUGACCAGUCGUCUAAAAGCAAUGAAUCCAAUGACACUGAAGAUGCAGGAAGUGAAAGUAAUAAAGAAGAAUUUAAUUCACUUAAUUUAAACUUGAAGCAAAAUAGUCAAACUAAAGAUAUUUCCAGUAAAAAUAAUAAAUUACCUGUUGCCAACCAAAAUGAUUCAGUAAAAACUGAGUUAGCAUUGGAUGAAAGCGAAACAAUAUUCGAGGAUAAUUCAGUUGAAGAAAACGAUCAAAACAAAAACGAAUUAAUGUUUGAACAAACUGAAAUAAUGGCCAAAAAUGAAUUAAGCCAGGAUGUAGAAACUGACACAGUUGACAAACAUAUUUGUAGAGAAGAUGAAGAAAUUCAAGUUGCAACAAAAGGUUUGAAUCCAGUAAAUAAUUUACAAUUUCGGGAGACCGAAAAAGUUGCCAAAAAAUUUGAAGGAUUGCUAAAUGUGGAACACUUGAACGAGGAAAAGGAAAAUAUAAAAUUAAAACAAAGUAGUCAGUCCACUGGGAACAUUGAAAAUAUUUCAGGCGAAGAUAAUAAAGUCAUUAUUAAACCUAACUCGGCACAGUUAAACAUUUCAGAUUUUGGAUAUAAAUUUUUGGAUGAAAUUAGUAAUGAGGACUAUUUUGAAUAUUUAGAAAAUAAGCCAAUAGAUGAGGAAAAUUUAGAAGCUCUCACGAAUUAUUUAAAUGCAGUGGGAAACUUGAUUUUAACUUCUAGUACACAGUGCAUUUCAAAUUUCGGUGAGCGAGGAUCAGGUUAUCGCACAAGGGGUGAGGCUCAGGACUUCUUGGAAAUCCGUGAUCGUUGUCUGGAAAAUGGGGAACUGUUCGAAGAUCCAGAGUUUCCUUGUGAGGACUCCUCUUUGUACUUCAGUAAGCGUCCCGACAGAUACUUCGAAUGGAAGAGACCACAUGAAAUCGUGGACAAUCCACAAUUGUUCGUCGAAGGUUACUCCAGAUUUGACGUCCAACAAGGUGAGCUUGGAGACUGCUGGCUUUUGGCCGCCAUUGCCAACUUGACGUUGUACAAACGUCUUUUCUUCCAAAUCGUCCCUGAUGACCAGGGAUUCGAUGAUAAAUACGCUGGAGUUUUCCACUUCCGUUUUUGGCAAUAUGGCAAGUGGAUCGAUGUAGUCAUCGACGACAGACUUCCAACUUACAGGGGUGAAUUGGUCUUCCUUCACUCAACUGAAGCCAACGAAUUCUGGAGCGCCCUAUUGGAGAAGGCCUAUGCUAAAUUGCACGGAUCCUACGAAGCUCUCAAGGGAGGUUCAACUUGCGAAGCCAUGGAAGACUUCACUGGCGGUGUGACCGAAAUGUAUGAAAUGGACGCCAGUCCACCAAAUCUGUUCAAAAUUAUCCUCAAGGCUCACGAAAGAUCUUCCCUCAUGGGAUGUUCCAUUGAACCUGAUCCAAAUGUGCUAGAAGCUAGAACUCCUGAAGGCCUAAUUCGAGGCCACGCGUACAGCAUAACUCGUGUUCAGUAUGUCGAUAUUUCUACUCCAAACGUCACAGGAAAAAUCCCCUUACUACGUUUGAGGAACCCGUGGGGUAACGAGGAUGAAUGGAAUGGUGCUUGGAGUGACGGUUCCCCCGAGUGGAGAUACAUUUCAGAAAGUGAAAAGGAAUCGAUUGGUUUAACCUUCGAUUCCGAUGGCGAAUUCUGGAUGUCGUUCAAAGACUUUCAACAGUACUUCAGUCGUUUGGAAAUUUGUAACUUGAAUCCUGAUUCUCUAACGGAAGAGGAACUGCGCGAGGGCAAUAAGAAACAGUGGGAGAUGUCCGUCUUCGAGGGUGAAUGGGUUAGAGGAGUUUCUGCCGGUGGUUGCAGAAAUUUCUUAGAAACUUUCUGGCACAAUCCUCAAUACAGAAUUACUUUAACUGAAGAGGAUGAAGGCGAAGAAGAUACAUGUACACUAAUUGUAGCUCUUAUGCAGAAAAAUCGCCGUUCAAUUAGAAAUACUGGUGCAGAAGAAUUAACUAUUGGAUUUGCUAUUUACCAUUUACCCAAUCCAGAUAGAGUGCCUAAACCUUUGGACUUAAACUUCUUCAAGUACAACGCAUCGGUGGCGCGUUCGCCAUCCUUUAUAAACCUUCGCGAGGUCAGUUGCCGCUUCAAACUGCCCCGUGGCACGUACUGCAUUGUACCAUCGACCUUCGACCCGAACGAGGAGGGAGAGUUUCUACUACGUGUCUUCUCCGAGAACAAAAACAACAUGGAGGAAAACGACACUGAAUUAGGGUAUGAUCAAGAUGUGUUAUCAGCUUCCCCUGUGCAACCCACCCCCGAUCAGACCCAGCAAACCGACGAAAUUUACACCUACUUCCAAAAAUUGGCUGGCGAUGACUUGGAAGUGGAUUGGUGUGAACUCAAGGAAAUUUUAGACUAUUCUUUAAAAAAAGAAUUGCAAAGUGUGGCUACGAAAGAACCGAGAAAGCGUACAGUGAAUGCUGUGAACGCCGCUCCUGGUCAAACGGAGCCAAAUCAGGGCGAGCAGGGACAGAACAACAUCGGCGGUUUUAUAACUGAUGUUUUAAGUCUUUUGUGUGGUGCGAUGUGCAAAAAUACGCCGCUGGCAGAGUUCAUACCACCACCAAGUAAAGACAAUCCUUUGCAGUCUGUGUUUUCUGAUUUACAGGCUAAAGGAUUUUCGAAGGAUAUUUGCAGGAGUAUGGUGGCAAUGUUAGAUGUUGACCGAUCUGGCAAACUGGGUUAUGAAGAAUUCAAAACUUUAUGGGUGCUGUUAAAGAAGUGGAAGGACGGCUGGUAUUCCUACGAUGAAGAUAGAUCUGGAUCUCUGAGCGGUUUUGAGUUGAGAGAGGCAUUAAAUUCCGCUGGCUACCAUGUAAAUAACAAAGUACUUAAUUCGUUGAUGCAUCGCUAUGGCAGCAACAAUGGUGAAAUUCAAUUCGACGAUUUUAUUAUGUGUGCGAUCAAAUUAAAAACAAUGUUCGAUGUGUUCAAGUCCAAGGGGGACAACGAGAACGCGACAUUUACUCUGCAAGAAUGGCUGGAGACAACUCUAUAUACUUAAUGUGUCACCUACAUCGAAAACAAAUUUUUAAAAUUUAUAUAAUUUUUUAUGUUCCCUAUACGAUACCUACUGCCUUAUACAUGUACCUAUGUAAGCUUUGGAAAAAUAAUGUAUGUAUUAUCUAAGAAAUAUAUUUAUUGACUUGU